AUGGAACCCAUCAAAGUCCAAUCUGAGGGCGGGCUUAAUGUCACCCUGACCAUCAGACUGCUGAUGCACGGCAAGGAGGUUGGGAGCAUAAUUGGCAAGAAAGGGGAAACGGUAAAGAAAAUGCGUGAAGAGAGCACUGCUCGCAUUAACAUCUCAGAGGGAAACUGUCCUGAGAGAAUCGUCACCAUCACUGGGCCAACUGACGCCAUCUUCAAGGCUUUCGCCAUGAUCGCUUACAAGUUUGAAGAGGACAUUGUCAACUCCAUGAGUAAUAGCCAGGCCACCAGCAAACCUCCAGUGACUCUGCGUCUGGUGGUCCCGGCCAGCCAGUGUGGCUCUCUGAUCGGAAAGGGAGGUUCCAAGAUCAAAGAGAUGAGAGAGUCUACAGGAGCCCAGGUGCAGGUGGCGGGGGACAUGCUUCCCAACUCCACCGAGAGAGCCGUGACCAUCUCGGGCGCCCCGGACGCCAUCAUUCAGUGUGUCAAACAGAUCUGUGUGGUCAUGCUGGAGUCACCUCCCAAGGGUGCCACCAUUCCGUACCGGCCCAAGCCCGCCUCGGCUCCCGUGAUCUUCUCCGGCGCCCCGGUGCGGGCCGACCCUCUGGCCGCCUCCUCCACCGCCAACCUCAGUCUGCUGCUCCAGCAUCCUCCUCUGCCCACCUACACAAUUCAGGGCCAGUAUGCCAUCCCACACCCAGAUUUGACCAAGCUCCACCAGUUGGCUAUGCAGCAAACCCCCUUUACCUCCCUCGGACAGACCACCCCUGCUUUCCCUGGUGUGGAUGCCAGUUCACAGGCCAGUACUCAUGAGCUCACCAUUCCAAAUGAUUUAAUAGGCUGUAUCAUCGGGCGCCAGGGAACCAAAAUCAACGAAAUCCGCCAGAUGUCUGGGGCUCAGAUUAAAAUUGCUAACGCCAUGGAAGGUUCGUCAGAACGUCAGAUUACCAUCACGGGCACCCCUGCCAACAUAAGCCUGGCACAGUACCUCAUCAAUGCCAGGUUCCGAGAUGUGGCAGCCAUGUGGACUGACCCCUCCACCAUGACGACCUCCUGA